CUUAUUCGUAUGUGUUUGUGAGUAAUAGAUACGUGUGAGCAACAACACUUUCCAGUUAAAAACAAUACAGCAAUAAGUUUUAUAGAAAUCUAGUUUGAUUUUUGACCUUAUAGAGCACAUCUGCGAAGGCGACCAGAUAACCUUCUGCCCAGUUAAGUUGUAACAUCCCAAUAGGACCUGGCUGCAGAACGAGAGAAGCAACAAAGGAACAGCAAAGACGCAAAUACAAAUAACAUGUCUGAGACAUACGAUUACCUGUUCAAGUUUCUAAUAAUUGGCAGUGCUGGGAGCGGAAAGAGUUGUCUCUUGCAUCACUUCAUCGAAAGUAAAUUCAAGGACGACAGCUCGCAUACAAUUGGCGUUGAGUUCGGUUCCAGGAUUGUGAAUGUGGGCGGUAAAUCGGUGAAGUUACAGAUAUGGGACACAGCUGGCCAGGAAAGAUUCCGCUCGGUGACGCGUUCCUAUUAUCGUGGAGCUGCUGGCGCACUUCUCGUCUAUGACACAACGUCGCGGGAUUCAUUUAAUGCAUUGACAAAUUGGCUAAAUGAUGCGCGCACUCUGGCCAGUCCGAAUAUUGUCAUACUGCUCGUGGGUAACAAGAAGGAUUUGGAGGAGGCACGUGAUGUAACAUUUCUCGAAGCGAGCACCUUUGCCCAGGAAAAUGAGCUCAUCUUCUUGGAGACGAGCGCCAAGACGGGCGAGAACGUCGAGGAAGCCUUUCUCAAGUGUUCAAAGACCAUAUUGGCCAAGAUAGAGACCGGCGAACUCGAUCCGGAACGCAUUGGCAGUGGCAUACAAUACGGCGGAGCAGCGCUCCGAAAUUUGCAGACAAGGCAGCGCAGCAUCAACAAACCCGAUUGCACUUGUCGUGUCUAAAGUCGAUUGGAAUGUUUAUCAACAAAUUCGCAUUGUAGGCACGCGAGAACAUUAACUGUGUAUUAGUUUAGGCAACGCUAAAUAAUCUCAUUUAAUCUGUAACUACUUGAUACGAUACCGCAUUACCCUUAGUUUAUAUGUACUUGUGAGUGUCCCUAACCCCCUUCCGAUUCCCCUGAAACGAAGGGGUCGUCUUUAUUCAAUUUAAAUCAAUUUUUUGUUUUAGCAGUACAAUUUGUAUAUCAUUCCAAAAAUGUAUUGUCUGAUUUUUUAUUGGAUUUUAAUGUUAUGACUACUUAAAUUCAAUUGCUGAAUUAAUUUUUACUACUUUUUCUAUGUUACUGAUAUAAAUUGUAAGCACUUUAAUUAUUGUAAACCAGUUGCGGGCCAAUUAACAACAACAACAACGAUCUGGAAUUAUUAAUAUCUGUCAAAACAAAUGAAUCACCACCGGAUGCAGCAAGAUGAGAAAUUAAUGCGCCCAGCAUUUUGUAAAUAAGCAGCGUCAACCCCAUUGACAACGCAAAAUGUAAAGAAAUUUAAACAAUUAUAUAUGCACGCGGUAAAUAAAAACGCAAUCAAAAUGUA